AUGUAUGUGUGUGUUUGUGUGUGUUCUUCCCACCAAACCAUCUGUCAAGUUUCCGACUGAUGAAAGCGUGGCACGGGGCCAUUGUCCGCAGUUGAGUCGCGCAAACUUGUGAUUGGCGUCUUUCUAAGGAAGGGCGAGAGACAUUACGAGUGUGCUCAAGACUCACUUCCAGGCUUCCGUGUGAAGGUCAAUAAUCUUGCGUGGAGCUUUUGGAGCCAGCCGGGAUGAUUCUGGCCACAUUGAAGGACCUUGGGAAGCAGCUCCUCCGGGUGAAGGUUGUGGACUGCAACGCGGAGGACUCGCGCCUGUCUCGAUGCCUCAACACGUUUGACCUGGUGGCCCUGGGCGUCGGCAGCACGCUGGGCGCCGGAGUGUACGUGCUCGCCGGUGCUGUGGCCCGGGACAGCGCCGGACCUGCCAUCGUCCUCUCCUUCCUCAUAGCUGCCCUGGCCUCGGUCCUGGCCGGACUGUGCUACGCCGAGUUUGGAGCCCGCGUCCCCAAAACUGGCUCGGCCUACCUCUACAGCUAUGUAACGGUUGGGGAGCUGUGGGCCUUCAUCACAGGCUGGAACCUCAUCCUCUCUUAUGUUAUCGGAACUUCGAGUGUGGCCCGAGCAUGGAGCGCAACCUUUGAUGAGCUGAUUGGACAGCACAUUGAGGUUUUCUGCAGACGUUACAUGACCAUGAAGGCCCCGGGCUUCCUGGCAGAGUAUCCAGACAUAUUCGCUGUCCUCAUCAUAAUAACUCUGACAGGACUGCUUGCAUUUGGAGUGAAGGAGUCAGCGAUGGUAAAUAAAGUGUUCACCUGCAUCAAUGUGCUGGUGCUGCUUUUCAUGACCAUCUCUGGCUUCGUCAAAGGAAACCUGAAAAACUGGAACUUGAACCCUGAAGAAAUCCUCAAUGGCACCAGCAACUCCAGCCUUAAUAUAUCGGACUCCUUACCUUCAGAAGAAAGUCUCGGUGAAGGCGGCUUCAUGCCUUUUGGCUGGACCGGAGUCCUCUCCGGUGCCGCCACCUGUUUUUAUGCCUUCGUAGGUUUCGACUGCAUUGCCACUACAGGAGAAGAAGUGAAGAAUCCUCAGAGGGCCAUUCCCCUCGGGAUCGUGGCCUCACUCCUCAUCUGUUUUGUGGCAUACUUCGGCGUGUCCGCAGCCCUCACUAUGAUGAUGCCCUACUACUUGCUGGAUAAGAACAGCCCACUGCCAGUGGCCUUUAAGUAUGUGGGCUGGGAGGGAGCCACGUAUGCCGUGGCAAUUGGCUCUUUAUGUGCCCUGUCGACCAGUUUACUAGGUUCCAUGUUCCCAAUGCCCAGAGUGAUCUGGGCCAUGGCAGAAGACGGCUUGCUCUUCAAAUGUUUGGCCAGCAUCAGCCCACGAACCAAAACCCCUCUAACAGCUACAGUAACAUCCGGUGUUGUGGCAGCUGUGAUGGCUUUCCUGUUUGACUUGAAGGACCUGGUAGACCUCAUGUCCAUUGGCACUUUGCUGGCCUAUACUCUGGUGGCUGCGUGCGUGCUGGUCCUCAGGUACCAGCCUGAACAGCCCAGUGUGGCCUACGAGAUGGCCAACACUCAGGAUUAUGAGUCUUAUAACGAUGGGAACACUGACAUACUACCACAACCAGAGGAUCGCUUCACCUUCAAGAAUCUACUCUUCCCUUCGAACACAGAUCCGUCCCCUCUGUCUGGGUUUGCCGUCAACAUUUGCACCAGCAUACUUGGUGUUUUGGUGUGUGUCUUCAGUGUGGUAGCGGUUCAGGGAGGGCUGGCCACUUGGUCGCUGUCUGUCCUUGGUGUUGUCAUGGCCCUGUGUCUGAUUGUCACCUUAAUUGUGUGGAGACAGCCGCAGAGCAAGGCCAAGCUUGCCUUCAAGGUUCCGCUGCUGCCCGUUGUCCCAGUCAUUAGUAUGUUCAUCAACGUCUAUCUGAUGAUGCAGCUCGACAGAGGAACCUGGGUGCGCUUUGCCAUCUGGAUGUUCUUAGGUUUCUGUAUCUACUUUGGCUAUGGUAUUCGCAACAGUGCAGAGGCAGUGUCGACCACGCCAGCCUGCACGAUAAAGGGAGAGCCCAUGGCCACAGAGAAGGAAGCCUUCCUACACGAUACACAAAACGCCACCGGAGAGGACGAGGACGAUUCCUGAGGAAACGGGAGGUUCACUAAUCCCCUCUAUUUCUGUCCUGUUAAACUCUCGAAAUAGCUGCCGAUCCAGGAGACGUAUGGAGACACUUACCCUCCGAUCAGAGCGUUGACUUGUUUCCUUAUUCCAGACACAACUUUUAAUGAAAGACGAGAGGCUAAUUUGAUGUAAAAGCUAGGUAAAAACAUUUUAAAAAGAUAAGAUGAGUCUGGAUACAUCUUAAAACCAAUAUUUCAUUUCAGAAAAUUUUAUUUUUCUAUUUUUUUUUUUAUUCUAAUUCUGUGGAACCAAAGGCAACAAACAAGUCGUUUUAAACAAAGUUUUUUUCUGUAUAUCUAUUGUUAAACAUCAUUUUGGUUCCUUCAUCCGAAGUAUAUAUCUGCAUUAGGAGGCACAGUGCCCGCUACGGUGUCCACAUCCCAUGGGAGAUUCUUUUUUUAAAUCCUUUAUUUCACACGUGAAUUAAUUGCAUUGAAGGGGCUGUACUUGAUAUUUAGAAGAAGAAUGGUCUGGGAUUGCCUCCACGCUGCUCUCACAGGCAGUUUCCCAACUCGUCAAAUACUGACGCUUUGUCACGGCCCUCGGGGUCAGAUACAGACGCUCAAGGUACUUACGUGCGCUCACAUGCACGCGCGGCCGGACCAGAUAUCGCAACAGAAAAACCGAGAAGUUUGGAUUCCAACACACACACAGAGGGAGUGUGACUUCAUUCUCUGCUCAGGACGCCAUUACUCCAUUGUACCGUUACAUACCAAACAGUCGUUGACUGCUAUAUUAUUGUUCUUGAGUACAGCCCCUUUAAUUCAGAGAAUCGGCAAAUAAUUCUUCUGAAACUCAGCUGAGAAUUUCACUGUAUCUUCGGUGCUGUUUUGUAUCGUAAGUUUACCUCAAAGGUACCUGUGUUUUACAUCAACAGUAUAUCUGAGAAUAGUGCAGCAUUGUGCUCUGAUUAAGUGCUCUGUGAUCAGUAUAUCUCAGUGUUUAUCUUCUAAAUGAUUGAUGGUUUCCUAUCUGAAUCUAUUUUUAAGCAAAUGGAGUUUUUGGCUUUGAAUGUAGAAAUAGUUAAGUCCCUGUCUAUAACUGUCGUGGGGUGCUAUAGGCCUCCAUUUGCCAUCAAGGAAGCAUUAUCAUCCUUACAGUAUAUUUUGUCAAAAUUAAAUUACAAUGAACUCUUAUUGGCUGGAGAUUUGAAUUGGGAUUGGCUAAAUGCAGUUUCUGGUGAAUUCAAAUCCUUCUGUGACUCUAUUAACCUUAGCCAGUUGGUCAACCUACCUACAAGGCCAAACGUAAAGAGUCCUAAUAAGUCUACCUUGAUUGAUUUAAUCCUAACAAAUGUUCCUCAUAAGUUCUCAUCAGUGGGUGUGUUCUGCAAUGAUUUGAGUGAUCAUUGCGUUGUUGCUACUUGCAGGAACACUAAAAUCCCCAAAUGCAAUCCGCGUAUUAUUUGUAAGAGAAAUUUAAAAAUAUUUAAUGAACAAGCCUUUCAUCAUGAUCUAGCUUUGGUUAGUUGGGGGCAAUUGAGUUUGUUGCCAGAUGUUGAGCUUGCUUGGGCAUAUUUCAAGGAGAGUUUUAUGAAGACUGUAAAUAAAUAUGCUCCCAUUAGGAAAUUCAGAGUCAAGGGACGAGAGAACCCUUGGUUUUCUCCAGAAUUAUCCAUCCAUCAGCGCAAUGUGGUAUGGGCCAAAGCCAGAAAAAGCGAUUCUCCCUCUGAUUGGUCUAAUUUUAGGCAUUUAAGAAAUAAAUGUACUUCUCUUAUCAAGAAGGCUAAAUCAGAAUAUUACUUAUCUGUCACAACAGAAAACCUCAACAAUCCACAGAAAUUUUAGUGCUACCAUAGCAACAGCUUUCCGGGUGGUGUCCGUGUUUUUUCUCCGACUCGGACGCGCAAAACAUACCAGAACGCUUGAAGUGUGGAAAUUACGUCAUAUCUGAGGUCCGAGUCGGUUCGUUGAGAAUAAUAGAACGCACCAUAGGACCUCUCCUGUUCAUCAUGUAUAUUAAUGAUUUAGGACAAGAUGUUUCUGACGCUAAUAUGCAUUUUUACGCUGAUGACACAAUUUACUGUUUUGGAUUGAACCCUGCCAAAGUUGUAGAAUCUCUGCAGAAAGCUUUUGAUGUGGUCCAGCACACACAUAUCCAGCUAAAACUGGUUCUUAAUGCUGAAAAGACCAAACUAAUGUUGUUUUCAAACACUAAGAAGGUCCCUCAAUCUACUCCCUUAGUGUCCACUCUUGAGGGAAAUGUCAUAGAGAUGGUUCACACCUACAAGUAUUUUUGUAUUUUGCUUGAUGACUCCCUGACUUUUAAGCCCCAUAUAGAUAAUCUUGUGAAAAUGCUUAAACUUAAAUUGGGCUUUUUCUUUCGUAAUAAAUUCUGUUUUUCUUUUGAGGCAAAAGAGCGCCUUAUUAAAGCAACAUUUUUAGACUAUGGAGACCUGUUGUACAUGAAUGCCUCUGCUAAAUGUCUCCAUAAGAUUGACCUUGCAUAUCAUGCUUCUCUGCAGUUGAUUACUAAUUGUAGGGUCUUGACCCAUCACUGUGAACUGUAUUCUCGAGCGGGAUUGCCUUCUUUGUCCUCCAGGAGGCUGGGUCACUGGUAUACUUUCAUUUAUAAGGCCAUGCUUGGUCUAUUGCCAUCCUACAUCUGUAACUUAAUCUCACGGAGGAGUGUUGGCUCUCAUGGUUUGCGUUCGAAUGAUCUUUUGUUGCUCGCUGUUCCACUUGCCCUUACAGAACUGGGAAAAAGGGCUUUUGUUUACUCAGCCCCCCACACAUGGAACAUGUUGCAAAAAGACUGGAAAUUGACGGAAUUACUUUCAUUGAACGCUUUUAAGUCCAGAUUGAGAACACUUGAGUCGAUCCUUUGUAACUGUUUUUCAUAAUGUGUAUGUAAUUGUAUGUUUGAAACUCUUUUGCUGCUUCUUGGCCAGGACUCCCUUGAAAAAGAGGUUUUAAAAUCUCAAUGGGACUUUCCUGGUUAAAUAAAGGUAAAGUAAAAUAAAAAAAAUAAAAUACAAAAAAACAGUGCACAUUUGCCAGCGAUCAAAUACACCAAUGCUGUCUCCAUCAGGGAACUUUGUGUGUUUUUCUUAUCUAGCCCAAGAAAAAAAAGCUGCUAAUGUGAAAUGAUUUCUCAGAUACUUCAGAGGAUGUAUUUUUAAAGUGCCUUUUUCCCAAAUUAAUUCCAUCUUUUUAGAGAUAUCGCUUUAUCACCAACUAGAAUUGUGAAAUAUAUACGUGUGUGUCUGUAAAUAAUGUACACUUUGGAUUUUGAAAAGCAUAUAUUUAUGAUAUAUCAGAGACAUUUCACCUUAGUGGACUGUUUUCACGUUUUAGUUCACAUACAUCUGAAUGGGAUGAAGCACAGUCAAUCGGUGAUAUUGAACACCUUUCGGUUUCCAUAGUGAUAUAUUAAUACUGUAUACUCCGAAACAUGCUGCACCAAGCGUUCUAGCAUGGCUCAGCAGUAACCCAUGUGAAGGUGCCUCUGCCCGUCAGACUGGAUGGGAUGAUUAGGCAGCUAAAACCUGAACGCGACAUAUCAAACUGUGUGUUUUCGCUAAAGACUGAAAACUCCACAAGGUGAAACCUCUCUUUACUCUGUCCCUUUUUUUUAAAAUGAGCCCUACGAUGAAAUGGUUUCCUUUUUAGACUAUUUAUGCUCCAUUGAGAGAAAUCGCUGUUACCUGAAGCCAAAUUCUGUUGGAUUUAAUUGGAUUAUGCGUCCAAACAAUGCUGAAGUCGCUGUAGAUUUGAGUGCAUUGAAAUGGACUGUAAGGUUCAAAUACUAGAUAUUCGAGCUGGGGUAUUAUAAUAUAAUAAUAAUUAUACUUUAUUAAUCCCGCAAGGGAAAUUACAAUGUUUUCAUUCUGUAGUUAUUACACACAGGCCUGGAAUACAGACACAUGCUCAGUAUACAUGCACUAUUGGAGAGAUGUCAGCGUGGGGGGGGCCUGCAGCUGUCGAUGGACAGGCGCCCCCGAGCAGUUGGGGGUUCAGUGCCUUGCUCAAGAGCACCUUGCCAGUGCCCAGGAGGUAAACUGGCACCUCUCCAGCUACCAGUCCGCCGCCAUACUUGAACCAGCGACUUUGUGUUUGUAACUUUGUUUCCUUGUAAGAUAUUGAAGCAGCAUAUUGCCAAAUAAGAUUGGGCCGCAGACAGUUACUGAUAUCUGUCCACAACUAGACUUGGUUUAAACUUGGAGAUGUAUGAAUCAGUGGGACAUUAUCACAUAUACAUGUUGAUAACAUUACAUGUUUUUAGUAGUGCCAAUUUCCAACAUGUCACGUCUGUUUUUGUUAUUGUAAAUACAGUUUUGAUUUUUGCUUUAAAGUUCCUGUCCAUGUUACACUUGUCUGUCUGUCAUAUCACCCCGCAGCUUGAAUCUACACUAUCCUUUUUGUUACAAGUGUUAUGUAAAGUAAAUAACUAGCUCAAACAGUGGCAACAUUAACGUAGCUGUUCACGAUAAAUGGAUGGAGUCUAUUUGUUUGCAAGCAAAAAGUAGUUCAUUCAUUGGGUGACUAUCGUGCCUUGUAGAGUUGGAUUUGAUCCGUCCAGCCCUAGUUUCACGGACUUUGCGUUAGCCUUUUGUUCUGGACGCUGUAGUUCCAGUAAAACUCAUGUGAGGCUUCAUCUAUGCAAAUGAAAUCACAAAUACUUAACAUGUUUGUCCUUGACACUGUCUGUUUUAUGUACACAUUUUCAUGCUGCACUAUUUUAAAACUUUUUUUGGGGGGGAGAAAAAGGAGGUGUUUACAGGCUGCUCAGCAUGUGCUGUCUUCGUAUUGGUUUCGGUUUGUAUAGUUUGUGCUGUAAAUAAAUAAAGCUGGAAGUUAAAGCCACA